AACCGUUGAUUCUCAACAUUAUUACGUAACCUGCUAUAUGUUAUUACAUCAUAUUUUUCAUGUAGAAGAAACUAAAUGGCCGAAUGGAAACCGAGAAGAGAGUGAUAUGACCAACAGUUAACGUUCCUAUACUACUUUUGGGUUGAACUCCGACGGAACGAGCUUGCAUCACCCAAUUUUUGCACUACUUUCUGUGCAAGUAGAAUCAAGGUGAAAUUCAGAGGAACUAUGUUUGUUUUGGGUGGGGUAGAAUUUCCUCGGUUGUUUCGAUAAUGUGCACAUUAUUUGGAUUAAAUUUCAGUAUAAAAUGAGUCAAUUGUUCUACGCUAUCCACAGUUCGACUAGUUCAAUCAGUUGCAUAACACCAUCCAGUUAACGUUUUAGCAGAAUGGCAUUCAAGUUCGUAACCAUCCUCGCCCUGGUAGCCGUCGCCCAUGCUGGAGUGCUGGCACCAGCUGCAUACUCGUCUCCUUUGGCCAUUGCUUCUCCAGUUGCCAGAGUGCUGUCUGCCGCUCCAGUUCUGCAGAAAUCCAUCAUCGCUGACGAAUACGACCCCAACCCGCAGUACUCUUUCUCCUACGCAGUUUCCGAUGCCCUGACCGGCGACCAAAAGUGGCAGAAGGAAUCCCGUAGCGGAGAUGUCGUACAGGGAACCUACUCGCUCGUCGACCCAGAUGGCCUCCAGCGUACCGUUGACUACGUUGCUGAUCCGAUCCAGGGAUUCAAUGCUGCUGUCCGUCGUGAACCGCUCAACGCCCCAGUUCUAGCUGCCAAAUCCAUCGGCCAGCCUCUUUUGGCCGCUCCACUAGCCAAGACCAUCAUCUCGCAGCCUGCUCUGGCCACCAGAACUAUCCUGUCGCAACCAGCCAUUUCCUCGUAUGCCGCUCCUCUAGCCGCUAGAACCAUCCUGCCACAGUCUGUUCUGUCUCCUCUAUCCUCCCAGGCUAUUCUCUCUCAACCUCUGGCCACCAAGUCUAUCAUUUCGCAGCCAGCUUUGACUUCGUAUGCCUCUCCCCUGGCUUCUUCGGCUAUUCUGUCCCGGCCGGCUCUGACUUCUUAUGCCUCUCCUUUGACUUCUUCAUCCAUCCUAUCGCGGCCUGCUUUGGCUUCUUACGGCGCUCCACUGGUCUCUUCGGCCAUCCUGUCGCGCCCUGCUUUGGCUUCGUAUGGCUCUCCUCUGGCUGCCAAAUCCAUCCUAUCUCAACCGGCCUACUACUAAAAUAUUAGACUGAUGACCAUGUGACCAUUAAGCUGUUUGUUGAAUAUAACCAACUUUGUUAAUUAUAGAAAAUAAAUUGAAUAGAUAAAAAUUCAUCCUAAAAUCA